AUGAGUGCUUCGAAAAAGGAACAUAUUGAGAUGAUUUUGGUUGAUUCUAAGCGAGAUAUGAUUCAAGUCAUUAUGCCACCCUUCUUGGUUUCGAAAUUCAAGGAACAUCUCGCUACUGGAUGUUCAUACAUAAUGCAUAAUUUCAAAGUGUCAAACAAUGAUUUCUCUUUUAAGUCCACUACUCAUAGAAAAAUUGAGUCUAAUGUUUUGGUUGAUAUUCUUGGAGGAGUGAUCAAGAUUUCUCAAACCCAAAUCAAUGCUGAUAACAACAAGAGCAAAGUUGUGUUUUCAAUUACUGAUGAUAGAUCUGAAGUACAAUGUACUCUUUGGGGUCAACUUGCCAUACAAUUUCACGAUUAUUAUAAAAGUCAUAAGGAAGAUGGUAAUAUAGUUGUUUUGCUGAUUAAUGCCAUAAUUAAGGAGGCUCAAGGAGGGUUUCCUUUGAACAUCUCUAACGCUUGGAACGACACAAAGUUACUGAUUAAUGAUGUUACCAUUGAUGAAGCAAAAAAUUUAAGUCUUGCUGAAAUAACAACUCUGCAACGUGAGACUACAUGUGUUACUGUUGCGACUUUGGACAAAUUUGAGGUUGGACAGUCAGGUUGGUAUUAUGAUGGAUGUGUCGAUCGCACAAAAAUUGUGUCACUAUAUAAACUCGAAGUUUUGGUUGUUGACGGUAAAUACAAGGCCAAAUUCAUUUUUUGGGACAAAGAUUGCGUCAAGUUGAUUGGGAAGUCUGCUCUUCAAAUGAAAAAUGAAUUGAUAGAGGUCGGUGAAGAUGAUCCGCUUGAAUUCCCUUAUGCACUUGAUGCAAUCCUAAAGCAAGAAUUGGCUAUUAGGGAUAUUUUUCAGCCUAAUAAAGGCCGACUUUAUGUGGUUAGUUGCAAAAUUGAUGAAGAUUUUCGUAAGAGAGUUAGAUGGAGUUUUCGCUCAGAAGAACCUACUUCAAAGCUUCUACCAACGGAGCCUUCAUCCCAAGAUGAACCAAUAUCCCUUACUUUAAUUAAGGAUAUAAAGAAGGGGAAGUAG